GGAACAUCAUUUACAACGAGCUAUCUCGGCACAACAGGUUUUUAGAGAAAAGAAAGAAAGCAUGGUUAUUCCCGUUCCUGAGGCUGAGAGCAAUGUCCACUACUACAGUCGCCUGUACAAAGGAGAAUUUAAACAGCCCAAGCAGUUCAUUCACAUUCAACCAUUUAAUCUGGACAAUGAGCAGCCAGAUUAUGAUAUGGACUCUGAAGAUGAGACAUUGAUUAAUCGGCUCAACAGGAAAAUGGAACUUAAACCACUGCAGUUUGAAAUUAUGAUUGAUCGGCUGGAAAAGGCAAGCUCCAACCAGCUUGUCACUCUUCAGGAAGCAAAAUUGCUGCUAAAUGAGGAUGAUUACCUUAUCAAAUCUGUGUAUGACUACUGGGUAAGAAAGCGGAAAAACUGCAGGGGGCCCUCCCUCAUUCCCCAAAUCAAACAAGAGAAACGUGACGGAUCUACUAACAACGAUCCGUAUGUCGCAUUCCGGCGUAGAACUGAGAAGAUGCAAACGCGAAAGAAUCGUAAGAAUGAUGAAGCAUCUUACGAGAAGAUGUUGAAGUUACGAAGGGAGUUUAGCCGAGCCAUAACCAUUUUAGAAAUGAUCAAACGAAGAGAAAAGACGAAACGGGAAUUACUGCAUUUAACGUUGGAAGUAGUGGAGAAGAGGUACAAUUUGGGUGACUUUGGUGGUGAAAUAUUGAAUGAAAUUAAAAUUCCGAAAAUUGAGAAGGAAGCUCAUCCCAUUCCGACAUUACUACACAAUGGGAACCAUCACAGAGUUCCAGAAUGCAAAGCAAAGAAUAUUCAUCACUCAUCUGUCAAAGAAGAAACUUUGGAUAUUGUUCGGCUAAAAAAGAAGUACCCAAAGAAGCCAAAAGCAGAUUCAGUUGUGACCCCUCUGCCCCAGCCCGCCUCAGAGCCAUUGCCAGUAAUUAACAAGAGUGAUAUCAAACAAUAUGACUUCCACAGCUCUGACGAUGAAGAGUUUCCACAGGUACCUUCUCCGGUGUCUGAGCUGGAGGAAGAUAAUGACCCCGAUGGCCCCUAUGCCUUCAGGAGAAGAACUGGAUGCCAGUAUUAUGCCCCUCGAUUGGACCAAAUGGACGAUACUUCAGAAAACACAGAUCAGUCAGCAUUGGCUAGACUUCGGUAUAGGCAUUGCCUCACUACUCUCACGAUCCCUCGAAGAUGUAUAGGGUUCGCAAGGAGACGGUUUGGCCGAGGUGGAAGGGUUAUAAUGGACCGACUAUCCACACCCCACGACCCCAUCCUAAAGCAGCUGGACCCUGAAAUGUUGUCUAGUUCUUCAAGCUCUUCCCAAGUUGCACAGCCCCCUCCCGAUAACUCACGGACCAAUGCUUCCGAUAGACAUUGUGAAAACAGACUGUCUCUAUCUGAGAUCCUAAGCAAUAUUAGGUCGUGUCGACUGCAGUGUUUCCAGCCAAGGCGAAUACCUUUUCCAGACAAUGAUAGUGAAGAAUGUACCUCAAGGAUAGUAGGACAUGCUGUGAGCAUUAAACGAGCCACUUUACUGAACACCAGCAAGAAUGGACUGACAGUUACGGGAGGGAUCACAGAGGAGCAGUUCCAAACGCAUCAACAGCAGUUGGUGCAAAUGCAAAGACAGCAGUUGGCUCAGCUACAACAGAAACAGCAGUCCCAGCAAUCGUCGCAACAGAUACAUCCAAAAGCACAGGGCUCUGGAAAUUCUGACUGCAUGUCCAAGACACUGGACUCUGCUAGCGCCCAUUUUGCUGCAUCUGCUGUGGUCAAUUCACCAACGCCAGGCCGCAGUGAAUCGACCAAGGAUCAGAGUACUGGCCACAGCAACCUAAACGGUGUUGUACAACCUCCAGGGAACGCUAAAACUCUGUACUCCACUAAUGUGGCGCUAUCAUCCAGCCCGGGGAUCUCCACCGUUCAGCUUGUACGGACAGUCGGACAUCCCACCACUAACCACUUAAUCCCAACCUUAUGCACAAGUACACCCCAGACCCUUCCUAUGAGUAAUUCCUGCCUAACGAACACCGUUCACCUCAACAACGUCAGUGUUGUGUCACCUGUCAAUGUGCAUAUCAACACAAGGACUUCUGCUCCAUCUCCCACAGCCUUAAAACUCGCCACAGUCGCUGCCAGCAUGGACCGAGUGCCAAAGGUUACUCCAAGCAGUGCCAUCAGCAGCAUAGCCAGAGAGAACCAUGAGCCGGAAAGGUUGGGUUUGAAUGGAAUCGCAGACACAACAGUAGCAAUGGAGGUGACAUAA